ACAUCGAAUCUUCAACGGUUGUCGAUUUUCAUAGCUCAACGCGACACGGGACGCCCUGGCAUUGAAAUGCAGGCGCUGCAACAGGCGAAAGAAUUUCGCAGUGUGCUCGGUUUCUUGACUCGUUGCCUGAACUCGUCGUUCGAUCUGGGAACAAUUGUAUGCAUACUCGAAACCGCAAUUUCCUUCCUGUAUAUGUGUUUGGUUCGACAACGACUCUCAGACGCCCAGAUCCGGUCCCAUCAUAGGUGUCCCGUUUCCAAAUGUCUUCUCCACCAAAACCCAUAUCACUUCCUGUUGACACUUUGUUGCAUUGCUGGAAGAAUUAGUAAGGUAGCAAAAGCUGUUGACCAACGCGUUCAUAAAUGUCAUAUAGGUUUUGAUAUUGCAUUGGAAAUCUUUUGGAGUUCAGUGUUUAGCAUGCUUGUCCUGUCAUCCUAUCUGUCCCUUGCUUGAGCCACUUUUGGAUUCCUUUUGUACGUUACCUGCAUCAGUAUCUUUCUUCCUGUAUGCCUAGGAUUUUCUAGGGAGGCACUGGCCAGUAAGGAGAGAACACUGAUGUUAACAUUGUCCAUGUCAAUCUA